AUGAACAAUAGUAGGGAUAUCCAUCAGGAUGACCACUACUCGAUCAAAGCUGCAAAUGUUCAUGAGCCCGCUGCAGAAGUAGCAUUCACUCCAAAGCUUAGCGUGGUUGGAGUGACAUCGUCUGACCAAGGCAGAAGUGCCAGUGUUGGUCAACAACCCCCCUCUGCAGCUUCCCAGCGAAGUUCCAGAUGGAAUCCAACCCCGGAGCAGUUACGGUUCCUGGAAGAGCUGUACGGACAUGGUUUAAAGACACCGACGGCAGAGAAAAUUCGACAAGUGACUGCGCGGCUUCGACACUUUGGAAAGAUUGAAGGCAAGAAUGUCUUCUACUGGUUUCAGAACCACCGAGCGAGGGAGAGACAGAAGAGACGAAGAGAACUCAUGUCCGUGCCUCAGUAUCACUCAAAGGAACAACAACUUUGGAGUAACAAAGAAUCUGCAGGAGCUGCAGGACUGAGAAGGUCAAGUACUCUUGAAAUUGAGCGCCAGAAUAAAUGGACACUGUCAAACUGCCGUGUUCUUGUUGAUCAGGAAUUAUCUCCAGGGCUUCGAAAGAGGAUGAGCAUGGUAACGGGCAAUUACUCUGGUCAAUUGGAGGAGCAAUCCUAUUCGGCUACACUGACCUCGGAAGCACAACGAACAAACUCAUCAGCUACAUUAAUAUACCCAAAGCUCUUCGACUAUCAUCAUCCCCAUUAUGAUUAUGAUUACGGUAUGGUGUUGAGUGCACCCAAUAUUUACAAAGGAGCAGAAAGUAGAUUAGAAACUCAAACUCUGGAGCUCUUUCCACUUGAGAGCGGCAAUGUUAAGGGUGUUAAUGAUACUAAAUCACCAAUGAUUAGAACCACAAACACAGACAGUAAUGAAGAUUUCAUUGCAGACCAAUAUUUUCAAUUUCUUUGA